AUGUUUCCUUUUGUUGUUUUCCAAAGGAUUCAUCCCCCCGAAUUCUUCAAGAAAAAAUACGGUGUGGAUGAAGCCCACUAUGUGACCGAGAUAUCCAGUGUCUUGGCUUCGAAGAAACCUGCUGUGCUUCUCACUUUGCGUGGCGUUAAUACCGACAGUGGAAACGUCUCCAAAGAAGCUUCAUUUGAGGGCAUCAGCCAAUUUAAUGUGAACAACAAAAUCCUUCAUCCUGAAAUUGCAGAAUGUCGUGUGAUUAAGACAGACAUGGAGUUGGAAGUUCUGCGCUACACCAAUAAAAUCUCCAGUGAAGCUCAUAAAGAGGUAAUGAAGGCAGUAAAACCAGGAAUGAAAGAAUAUGAGAUGGAAAGCCUGUUCCAGCACUACUGCUACGCCCGGGGUGGGAUGCGCCACACCUCCUACACCUGCAUCUGCGGCAGUGGGGAGAACUCGUCUGUUUUGCACUACGGCCACGCUGGAGCCCCGAACGACAGGACUAUUGAGGAUGGAGACUUGUGCCUGUUUGACAUGGGAGGAGAGUAUUACUGCUACGGUUCUGACAUCACCUGCACCUUCCCUGCCAACGGGAAGUUCACUGCUGACCAGAGGGCUAUCUAUGAGGCGGUGCUGAAGUCAUCGAGGGCCGUGAUGAAAGCAGUCAAACCAGGGGUCGCCUGGCCUGAUAUGCACCGUCUGGCUGACAGAGUCCAUCUGGAGGAGCUGACUAGAAUUGGCAUUCUGAAAGGCAAUGUGGAUGACAUGGUGAAGGUUCAUCUGGGUGCAAUAUUUAUGCCACACGGGCUUGGACAUCUCCUUGGAAUCGAUGUGCAUGACGUUGGAGGCUACCCAGAGGGCGUGGAGCGCAUCGACCUGCCGGGGCUGCGGAGCCUGCGCACGGCGCGGAGCCUGGAGCAGGGCAUGGUGCUCACCGUCGAGCCGGGCAUCUACUUCAUCGACCACCUCCUGGACCAGGCCCUCCGCGACCCUGCGCAGUCCUGCUUCAUCAACAACGACGUCCUGCGGCGCUUCAGGGGGUUCGGCGGGGUCCGCAUCGAGGACGACAUCGCGGUGACAGCCACUGGAAUGGAGCUGCUCACGUGUGUCCCACGUACUGUGGAGGAAAUAGAGGCUUUCAUGGCUGAAGGCCAAGGCAGUGCCAAGUCGUUUGACUGCCUCUCCAGCCCAAAGCAGUGAACUCCGGAAUGAUCCUUACUGCCUCGACUAAUCAGUCAUCGUUCUGAUUCGAUGCUGCAGCGUAGAAAAUAAAGUCAAUCCAAUUCUUAAUAGCAAGAGAGGCAGGCAGGCAAUUACCUGGAAUAAUUCGUUCACUAAAAUCCAAGGCAGAAGGCUUCAGCACUUGAUACCAGGUAACUCCACUGCUGCUGCUUGCAGUCGGCAGUUUACAUGACCAAGUGCCACCUAAAUAACCCUGCUGCAUUAUCAGUGGGGCUUGUACUUCUGUCACAUCUCAACUCAGACUUUUCUUGCAAUUAAAUCUGGAUGUUGAUGAUCGAGACUCUAAAAUACCAAAUGCUGAAAGCUGUCAGCAAUUGUAGUACUCAAGUCCUUUUUUAAAUUUCAUCACAAGUACUGUGAAAACCAGAAGAAAAAUAAUCAGUUGUUCUCAGUGAACAUAAUGGCACUAUUUUUCUUACAGAUCUUAUUUCAGUAUCCAUGGAGUAAACAGAAUCAAACUUUUAUUAAAAUUCACCUUGGCAUCAUU